AUGUCGCAAACUGUUGAAACAUCAGUGCCACGCAAGGAGGUAACCGGUCUGAAACGUAUGACAGAAAAAGGAUUGCGCGAUUUGUGUAAGAAGGAUAAGCUUUAUCAGACACCACGUCUUAAUGAUGUACUCUAUUUGCAUUAUCAGGGCUAUCAAUAUAUUGAAUGCUUGGAGGAGUAUACAGAGCUCAAGUGUCUCUGGCUUGAGUGCAAUGCUAUAUCCGAGAUUGAGGGCCUUGACAAGCAGGCCAAACUUAAAUGCCUCUUUUUACAGAAUAAUCUUAUCAAACGCAUCGAUAACCUAGCAUCUUGUCCGGAGCUGGAUACUCUUAAUCUAAGCUCCAAUCACAUACGCAAGAUUGAGAAUAUUAGCUCGGAUAUCUUGCCGGUGUUGAAUACACUUAACAUAUCAUCGAAUUAUUUAAAGGAUAGUGAAAGUCUGGCCCACUUGGUGCAGUGUAAGACUCUGGCUGUUGUCGAUCUCUCAAACAAUCGCAUUGAUGAUAUUUUAGUUGUCAAGAUAUUUGAACAAAUGCCUUGUCUUAAGGUCUUGGUGCUACAGGGAAAUCCGGUGGUUUCCCGUUUGCCACAGUAUCGAAAGACUUUGAUUUUAGCUUGUAAAGAGCUAACUUAUUUGGAUAGUCGUCCCGUUUUUCCACGUGAUCGCGCUUGUGCAGAGGCUUGGAAAAAAGAUGGUUAUGAGGGCGAACGCAAGGAAAACUCACGUUGGAAUCGCGCUGAUCGCAAGAAAAUGCGUGACAGCGUUAACUACACCAUCAAGCUGCGUAAUCGUCAUCGACCUGCUGAUCAGCAGGAUGCCUUGAUUAGUUCCACAGAUUCGGAAACAGAACAGGAUGCAGAUAAGCGUGCUGAGAAUAGUCGCUUGAAAGCUGACAUUGAAUAUGGGUGCGUCGAUGAUAUUUGGAGUGAGGUUGAAGGGGAUAAAAAGGAUGAUGAUAGCUCUGCAAGUGCCGCUUCUGGUGACGAACAGGAGAGUACGCGCCGUCCCUUGGACGGACGUCCAAAAAAACUUUACGAAUCUCAGCUACCUGAGGCGGAAAAUAAUGUGGAACAGCUUAACAAAGAGCAGCAGGAACAACAAAGAGGCAGACGAGUACUUAUAGAGGAAAUAAAGUUAGAGAGUCUUGAUAUUGAAAAGGAGAAAAACGAGAUGCAGGAUGAAAAAAUCGAGAAAGUUAAGCAGACUGAAGAGAAAGAAGAUAUUGAGAAAAUUGAGCUGCAAAAUAAGGAAAGAAAAAACAUAGAACUAGAGUUCGAUGAAAUUAAACGUAAUGACGUGGAGAAAGAAAUAAAACAAGUUGAAUUAAAGGAUGAGGAAAGAAAAUCCGAAGAAACAGAAUACCAGCAAAUAAAAGAAACCGUGCUCAAGGAUCAGGAGAUAAAAACUGAAGAAUCUAAGGAGGAGGCUCUCUUAAAAGUCGAAGAUGACCAAAAUGAGACGCAUCUAAAGGACUUACCAGAUUUUAUUCCAGAACCAGAUAGUGAAGAGGACCUGGGAUCUGUUACGGAUCUAGAGCAAUCGUCUCAAGCAUUAGCUGCUGCAAUUAAAAGCAAUCCCGUAGAUCCAACGCCUGAGGAGAUCAAGCAACAAUUUGUAGAUGACAUGUAUAAACACUAUACUUCUGAAAUAUUUGUAAAACAACCUGAAUCAAUUGACAACAUGCUGGAAGGAGAAACAUUAAAUUACGAACUGGAUCCUAAGGUCUGCUGUGUGGAACCUCGCAAGACUAAAGAUGACGAAGAGGAUGAUAAGGAAAAUCAUGUAGCUCCCAAAACAAAACAGCAAUUGGAUUAUGAGGCGGAAUGCGCCGGGGCAAAUGAGAAGGUGGCUUUCGACUUGGAAGAGUUGAGCAACAAUCUGGAUGAGGAUCUUGAAGAGCUAAUUCAGUCUGUAAAGCAGCUCCAUGAAGAACAUGAAGGCUUAAAGUCUGAAGAGAGAUUCCGUCUGGAUGAGGAUGAGGAGCAGGAGGAAAAGGAAAUGAAGGAAAAGUGUGUUCAGUUGACAACCAUGGUGCGUUCUCUACGCAUAGUAGAGGAGUUUUCAGUGCGCCGAGAACGUAUAUCUCAGGAUCAAAAAAAGCAGCAGGGCAAAGAAUUAACAAAUGCAAUUGAAGAAACUAAGACUGAAACAGUAAAGGAACUUGUGGCAUCCAAACAGGAAAUUAGUGAUGGGAAUGAUGAUGAUGAUGAUAUGGAUAUUGCGUUUGCCAAAAUAUUGGAUGAGUCCACUGAUGAUGUGCCCAAGCGUGUGUUUGGAGCUGGACAUGACACACCCAGUUAUAAAUGGCAACGCGAGGAAUGCAUGCGCCAAUUGACAUUAACUGCGGUGCGCACCGAGCUCCAAGAUGAGGAUGAGUAUCAGGUGAAACCACUUACUAAUCGCACCAGUGCCGAAGAAGCUCAAGAAAUUUGCGAUCAAAUGAGCAAAAAAUUGGCUGCAGAUGAAGAAAAUCUUCGUGAACUUCUUCAACAGAUUGAGGAUGAGGUUGAAGUUCUCUAUGAUAUCCAAAGCACUGCAGAAGAAGACGAUCUUACUAAGGUACCAGAGCCAGAUCUUGUUGAAGUCUGCACUUCACUGAUCGAUGAGUUAAUUGACGAACUGCAAUAUCAGGAAAUAAUCAAUGGGCAGGAUAUUAAAUGUUUUGAUUUUGGACUCAUUGAAUCGGAUGAAGAGUAUAGCUAUUCGGCAGAUCCAAAGGUUGAUUCGAUUGUUCCGAUUGACUUGCAGGAUCCUGCUUCUGGAAAAUCUCUACGUGAAUGUCUGGAUGCCUUCGACAAUUUUCUUUCCUCAGUCAAAGAACGUAAGCGCAAGGAUAAACGUGAUAUAAUAACGACGAGCAGUUCAGAAAAAGUAGACGCUGCCAAGAAGCUCUUGAAGAAGAGAAUGUUACCCGAUUGUUCAGCCGAAGAAUUGGACGCUCAGCUUGCGAAGAUGGAAGAGAAAACAAAGCGUCGCGUUGCAGAAUUGACAACACGUUGUUUCGCCAAGCGUGAAAACUUGGAGGACUCCCUGGAAGUUGUGGACAAUCGUCUAGUGAUCGUUAAAAAGGAUACCGGAGAGAUGAAAGAUCUACCACCUCCUCCAGAGCUCAUCAGUGACACUGACAGUGAGUCUGAGAGUGAUUCUUCAGAUGAUGAUGAUGCCUAUAAUACAGCGGAUGAUGAACUUCAUCCUAUCUCCGAGGAUAUGGAACUACUCACAGCUCGAUCCACCGACUCUCGUCGAUUGUGGGCAAAACCGUGCCAGCCUGAGCGAAAGGAACUACAACAAAAUAAUGAUCUUGCUUUAGAAGACAUCAAUGAAAAUGAUAAUGUAGCUGACCAAUCAUUGGAUCAAUUUUAUUCGCUUGAGGCCAGGUCUGCUUUUAACUCACUGGACACCGAGUUCUUAGAGAAACUCGAUCUGAAAAAGAUAAUCGACAAUGAUGGCGAAAUAACAGUCGAGGGAAUGCAGGACUUCAUGGAAAUGCAGGCCAAUGAAAAGAUGGAUUCUCCGCCAAACGAACAGUGCUUUGAGCUUUUGGAAGAAGACGUAAUGUUAAAAAAUUUAAUAGAUCGUAAAAGGGCACAGGAAGAACGUGAACGUCAAUUGAAAGAGUUGACCGAUUCUCAGGAUUUUAAUCCAAUAAAACAAAAACUUAAAUCAACUGAGGAACAAUUAUUAACAAUAGCUAAAGUGGAUGAGGAUAAUGUGAAAGAACUUCAAGACGUUGAGCCUCAGGUGCACAUGGUUUCCAAUCUCCGAGAGUUGAGUGCUAAAGUUCUUCGAAAAGUGGAUAAGAAUCCUGCAGAUUCGGGGGAACUUAAAUGGGAGCAGGAAAAGCCGGAAUACCAGUUGCGAGAGAUGCCAAAUCCCGAUGAAAUGGGUUCAAUCAAACUGACCCUCGGAUCUUGUAAAUUAUACGAGCGCAAGAGUCAACUGACAACUAUUCCAGGCGACGAUGACGAUCCAGAAGUUAAACCGAAGACUGAGGAAAUCAAUAUUGAUAAUAAGUAUGAGGAAAAACCAGUUGAGCAAUCUGCGGAAGAUAAGUCAAGUGUUGAGUCGACUACUAUACAAAUACUUAGUUCCAGCAUAGACGAUGAUAUUGUAUCCGAUACUUCCACUGACUACGAAUCGGGCGAAGAUAUACCAGUCGUUGAGCCUCCAAAGUUGCCUGAUGGCGCACUCAACGAAUUAUUCAGCAAUCAAUUUGAAGAUGGAUUAAAACUUGAACGGGAAUCCGAAGAAGCUUUGCGUAAAGAACUUUUUAGUCUGCCCCUAAGGCAAUGGGCAUCGCAAGAGCAAGAUCUCAACGUAUCUCAGACCUCAGAAGUAUCUGAAAUCCUAGAUAUGGAAUUAUCAGACACAACAAUUCAAAAUUCCCCGUGCACGGAUAUGGAAACAAAUGAUAUGACUAAUAGCUCGGAUUUGAAGUCUACAAAAUCAAUUGAAGAUGAAGGUUUGUCCAGUUCAGAUACCGAAACAGAAGGUGCAAUUGGAGAACUUCAACGUAAUGCUAAGCUACAGUGGGCUAAAAUAUCACAGACACUAAAUGAUUUUAUAAAUGCCGAUGAAAUGAAAUUGUUAGAAGCACAGGAAUUUAAUGAAAAUAAUGACAAUGUCGCGGAUGAUGAUGAGCUUAUUGAAGAUUUAGCCACUCUACAUGAAGUUGAUGAAGAUAUUUUUAAAGAAUGUGAAACAGAAUUUAAGGAUUUUCACUUGGAAAGCGAAUGCAAACUGGGCAACGUCCACAUCAAUCCUACAAUCAAUGAUACUUCUGUUAAGAAAACUAUAGUUGAAAAUGACAAGAAAGAACAGAAUAAACUCAAUUCUACAGAGAGUGAAGAAGCUGAGGAACAGAUCCCUGGGGAUCAAUCGAAGCAACCUUCAAAUGCGAAACCCACUAUAAGACUGGAAUACUUUGAGGCCAUCGAUCCCGAUAAAGAUGGCGCUGAUUUUGACGAGUCUGCUGAGUUAAAGACAGAUCAGAUACAGUGUAAUCUGGAAAUACUUAAUGAUGAUGGAGACGCUGUGGUAAAAGAGGUCAAUGUCAAUGCACAAGUUACCUACGAAUUUCAAUAGUAUAUUUUUAUUAUAUCAAUAAGAAUUUGAGUGAUUAAUCUAUUUGUAUAUUUCAAGUUUAAUUGAUCAACAUUUUCAAAAUCCAUAAGACAUCGCAGCUAGCCACGUGUAGAGCAGCCGCCUGUUGCCCCCUCGUUGAUAAGAAUAAGAAAGUUCAAAUUUCUAACCGGUUUGAACCCGAUUCCAUAUGUUUCAAAUUAACAAGCUAACUAAUUAAUAAAAUAGGCAACGUUGAACACACUUUUGAGUAAA